AUGGUUGGACUCCGAGUCAUCAGCGGCCUCCUGGCUGCCAUUGGCCUCGUACAGGCCAGCAACCUCGUCCCGGGCGCCUUCAUCGUCGAGUAUGAGGACGGGGUUGACAUUGACGCGGAACUGUCGUCCGUCCAGGACGUGGCCUCGACCCGCAUGAAGCUCGACUACAAGCUGUUCAAGGGGGCGUCCAUCCGCUUCCACGACGCUGACACGGCCAACGACCAGGCCGAUCUUCUGGGCACUCAACCUGCCGUCAAGAAGAUGUGGCCGGUCAGGCUGUACAACGUGCCGAAGCACACGGUUCACUGGACGGCAGGUGAAGACGCUCACGAGGAGGGUGCGGCAGAAACGCGGCAGGCCCCUGCUGAUACGUUCUCGCCUCACGUAAUGACCCAAGUCAACCAGCUGAGGGAUCAGGGCGUCGUGGGUGAGGGUAUCAAAGUGGCAGUUGUCGACACUGGUAUUGACUACCGUCAUCCAUCUCUCGGAGGCUGCUUCGGUCCCGGGUGCUUGGUUUCUUUCGGCUACGAUCUCGUUGGAGAUGCAUUCAACGGAUCAAACACCCCCUUUCCGGACCCGGACCCUUUCGACUGUGGUGGUCACGGUACCCACGUUGCUGGUAUCGUUGCCGCUCAGACGAACAACCCGUACGGCAUCAUUGGUGCCGCAACGGGAGUGACGCUGGGUGCUUACCGUGUGUUUGGUUGUGAUGGGUCCUCCCCUGACGAUGUUCUCAUUGCAGCAUUCAACAUGGCGUACGAGGCAGGCGCUGAUCUCAUCACGGCGUCUAUAGGGGGCGCGUCGGGAUGGAGUGAGGAGCCAUGGUCUGUCGCCGUGUCACGAAUUGUUGAGAACGGCGUCCCGUGCACUAUCUCUGCGGGGAACGAUGGUGCCGAGGGUCUGUUCUACGCCAGCACCGCAGCAAACGGAAAAGGCGUCACCGCGAUUGCGUCUGUUGAUAACGCGGUGACCCCGGCCCUGCUCACCGUUGCCGGCUACACGGUUGAGAAUGGCACAGAGGAGUCGUUCGGUUACACGCCCGGGCAGCCUUCGGCCUGGGCUGGUGUCACUUUGCCCCUUUGGUCUGUUAACUUCGACACCGCGGAUCCCGCGAACGCUUGUACCGCUCUGCCGGCUGAUUCCCCUGACCUAUCUGAGUACAUCGUUCUCGUGCGCAGAGGCUCCUGCACCUUCGUCCAGAAGCUACAGAACGUCGCUGCGAAGGGGGCACGCUAUGUUAUCGUCUACAACAAUGUCCCUGCUGGCGCUACUGCCGUCAGCGGCACCACUGUUCCAGGACUCGAGGCUGUUGCUAUGGUCACGGCGGAUCAGGGAGCCAAGUGGAUCGCUGCGCUCUCAGCCGGCCAGAACGUGACAGUCGCCAUGACUGAUCCAAACACCGCGGAAAAGUCCCUGACUCUGACACCCAACAACUUGACGGGAGGCUUCCUUAGCACGUACACCUCCUGGGGGCCGACGUGGGAGGUCGACUUCAAGCCUCAGCUUGCGUCCCCUGGUGGACUGAUCCUGUCCACGUACCCUACGGCCUUGGGCUCGUACGCGGUGCUCUCAGGAACGUCUAUGGCUUGCCCUCUCGUUGCCGGUAUUUACGCUCUCUUGAUGGAGGUCAGGGGGACCAAGGACCCCAAGACCCUUGAGAACGCUCUGUCCGCGACAUCGAACCCCAACCUCUUCAACGAUGGCUCGACGACGUACCCCGUUCUGGCACCAGCUGCGCAACAAGGCUCGGGUCUGGUCCAGGCUUACGAUGCGGCAUACUCAACAUCUCUACUUAGCGUCAGCAGUCUUUCCUUCAACGAUACAGACAACAUACUUCCCGUACAGAACUUCACCGUUUCAAACACUGGCAAGACCUCCGUCAUCUACACGCUGAGCCACGUCGGCGCGGCCACUGGCUACACUCUCCCAGGCAAUGGCACCAUCUUCCCUGCCCCGUUCCCCAACGAGCUCCUGGACGACUACGCGACCCUUGAAUUCCUCAGCGGGACGUCGUUCACGUUGCCGGCUGGACAGCGCAAGAUUGUGACCGUAAAGGCCACACCCCCCGCUGGUCUCGAUGCGGAGAGACUGCCCGUGUACUCGGGCUACAUUGCCAUCAACGGUUCCGACUCGUCUAGCUUGUCACUCCCGUACUUGGGUGUUGCUGGGUCCCUGCACUCCGCCACGGUCUUGGACCCUGCUUUGACAUACCUGAGCAGUUCGCUCAACUUCAACGAUUUCCCUGUCUCAGAAAACCAUACUUUCAUGCUGCCCCCUCCCGGCCACGCCAACGACUCCCAGUACAACGUCAACAGCACAGACUACCCACGGCUGUUUAUCAACUUGGCCCUCGGAUCAGCAGUGAUUCGCGUCGAUGUUGUCCCGGCGUCCUCAGACGCCAACACCACCGAGUCGCUCGGUCUUGCCACCAUCGGUGAUGUAUACAUGACACCGCUGGAGUACCAGCCCCGUGGGCCGCAAUCAUCAACUUGGGACGGGCGACUCGCUACCGGAGAGUACGCUCCUGCGGGUGUCUACAAGUUGGUGGUUCGGGCGUUGAAGAUCUUCGGCGACCGGAACAAGGCGGACGAGUAUGAGCUGGUCGAGACGACUGAGUUCGGAAUACAGUACAUUGGCGCCUCCCCGUACAAGAGGGCGGACAGAGUGCGCAAGGAGUGGGCUGCCUAA